AUGUCCUACUGCGGCCAUGAUCCGUCCCUGAAAGGCAUGGUGUUGCGGGUGUGCAAGGAACGGCCGGAUUCGCACCAUCCAGAAGCAGAGGUCGUGGCUGGGGAGUCCCUAUCCGGAAGCUCGGCAACAGGAUCGGCAGCAGGCUCGGUGCAGCCCGAGCCUGUGCUGCGUCCGGAGGAGCGGGAGCUGUGGGGAGAAGUGGUGCCGGAGCUGGCAGUGGCCCCGGAUCGCAUCGACCUGCUGCAUCAAUUCGUGGCUCGGGUCAUGGCUCCCCUGUUAGGAGACGAAUUCGUGGAGGCAGGGACCACGGUGAAGGUUCCCCGUAGCUUUCUGCAGGAGGUAGCGGACCACAUCCGCCCUAGACGCCCUCCCUGGAGGCAGGCUCAGGGCGACGUGGAUUUGCAGAUAGAAGAGGCGCUGCUGGUCACCGAUCUGACCCACCUGCACCUGGAGGACGAGGAGUGGGACGAGGACUGGGAGGAGACGGUACGGGAGGACGGGCACGGGACCCGCGGGUAUAAUGGCACGACGUUCUGUAUCGAGCUCAAGCCCAAGACGGGGUUCUGCCCCUCCUCCCCCUGCAUCAUGCCGGCCAAUCACGUCAAGACAGCUGUCCCGCGCUUCCCCAUGCACCAGCAGCUGAAGCUGUCAGAAGGGGAGGUGGCAGAGAGCAGUGCAUACAACCCUCUCGACCUCUUCUCCUCCUCGCGCCCCCGCGUUCUGUCUGCUCUGAGAACGUUGAUCGAUAACCCCCAGAACAAUCUGAGGAUUUUUGCAGAUGGGAAGUUGCUGUUGGGAGGGCAUAUACACAGGCAGGCGGACAGAGGAAAGGGGAAAAAGAAGAAAGGGAAAGGGGAAAAGGGGGAGAAGGUGGGAGAGGAGGCGCAGGUUGAAAGAGUGAAUUCGCUGGAUUUAGCAGCUAUGAGAAGGGAGGAGAAAGCGCAGGAGGCAGCAGGCUUGGCUGCUGCUGAAGCAGCCCUGGAAGGGUUUGUACGUGCUUGGAAGGAGGCACCCAGCAGUAAUACCAGUGCUGCUGGUAGCGGUGAUGGUGGUGGUGGUGCUGCCUCUACUACUGCUGCUGCUGCUGGCUUGCCAGCAGCAGAAUCACCAUCCUCUGCGCCUCAUCUUAGUCACCCUCGGGUUGACGCUCUCCUAUCCCUGGCCACAGAGUGCCUGGUGCAGUGUGGGGCGCUGGAGAAGCUGUUGGCAGCACAGAAGCUGGAUAAGUGGGACAUCGAAGGGACGAUUCAUGCUUAUAAUGAGUUUAUGAAGCAGAGAACGUCAACUACGUCAGCCCCUCCUGCUGCUGCUGCUGCUGCUGCUGCUGCUGCUGCUGCUGCUGCUGCUGCUGAGGUUCCAAAAGAGAUAACGGAAGAUUGCAGGAAGGUUCUUCGCGAUUUCCUCAUCGCAGCAACGGCCAAGGACUGUGGGAUCAUGCUGGCCCUCCGCGCAGCCAUUCCCGGGGAGACCCUGGAAGCUUCUCAGAAGCUUCGCAGCGUGGUGUGUCCAUCCAGUGGCUGCAAGUAUUUCUACAGGCUUUCAAUAAUGGAUCUGGACAUCAAGCCUUUGCGCAAGAUGCCCAAGUAUUGGAGCAUGGACCAGCAGAUCGUCAAGCAUUACUGCUCGGUCACACAUGAAGGGAUGACAAACGGUGUGCCUUGA